UCUAGGUCGGUCGGCAUAGCGCGACGUCGGCUUAGUGCGACGCGCUCCGCGGCUAGACGUGGGGCAGGUCGCCGAGCCGCGUUGCAUAAUGCGCUCUGAGCGCUGCCAUCGAGCACACCGCCCGCGAGGGCCCGCUCGUGCAUAGCUGCCGCAGCAUCCGCACGCCGUCAACAGACACUCGCGAUAGCCGCGAGCCGACAUGAGAGCGGUGCGCUGGUUUCCACCUCUCGUUCCCUUGCUGACGCUCCGCAUACUGCUGGAGUAUCUCAAGUCCCUCGACAUCGCUCCAGCUUCCUAGACCAAUAGGUCUAUUUCUAUUUAAAUCAUUUACGCCAAAGACAAUUAACAUAGAUUUUUUCAAUGAAAAUUCUUCAAAUUAAAGUUAUUGUUGCUAGAAGAAAGCAUUGAACGAUGGUUUUUUUGUAUACAAGUUUCUAAAAUAUAGACAACGGAUUUAACCAACAAAAUGAGACUGUCAACAAGUGAAGAAAUCCCGACGACGACGGUUGGUCGUACAGCGAGCCCUAGCGCGAGCGCUGUAAGUGCAGUGGGUGGAUCAGAUGCGUAUGAUGUGACGCGCAUGCGGGAAGAGGAGUUUGAAAGGCUCACAGUGUAUAUAGUGCCCGAUGUUCCCUGUGAACGCGGCCUUCCUAAUAGAGCUGAAAGAACUCUCCCUCGCAGUUUAGCACUUAGGCCUUCUGCAGUACUAUCCACACCUAACACACCGACUGAAGGCGUGUGGAGUACAGGAGUUAUUCCACGUGGCACAAGAUUUGGACCAUUCGAAGGCACCCGUACACCAAAUAAGCCAAAUGACAAAGUUUCUUGGAGAUAUUAUUGGAGGGUACAAGAAACUGUCAGACAUCAUACUUAUGGAAAUAUUAAGAUAUUCAAAGAUAGUGAUUAUUAUUACCUGGAUGGUUCAGAUACGAGUGUUGCAAACUGGAUGCGAUAUGUGGCUUCAGCGUAUUCUUUAUCCGUAAUGAAUCUUGUUGCAUGUCAACACCAAGAACACAUAUACUUCUACACUAUCAGAGAUAUUAUGCCAAAUGAAGAACUUAUGGUAUGGUAUUGCAAAGACUUUGCAACAAGGCUCGGUUAUGAUAUCGAUCCUGAAAGAGCUACAUAUUCUAUCUGUAAAGAAGAAACCAUAAAAAAAGCUUAUGGCUUGCCACCUGCACCAGUACAUCCUGAAAUCGCUUUUAAUCACAUGAAAUACGUUCUUGGACUUACAAAUGCGAAAGAACUUUUAGAAGCCGAAAUUCCAAGUAGGCGGAGGAAAAGAGAAGCAAGUGACAAAACAUUACAUGAGAAUACUAACGUACAACCACGAGAUGAACAAAGAAAUAUGAUCAAAUGUGAACGAUCCUUUAUAAGAAGUGACCUAUCUACUUUACCUCACAAAAGUGAUUCAAUCAUAAAUGAACACCUAUCAGUAUCACCAAACGGUUUAAUGCAACCCCCUUCGCCAGUUAAAAUUCACCAUAGAGAUAAUCAGACUUUAAUUAUUCAUCAACAUAAAGAAAGUACAUCUCAUCUUGUAAUACACCAACUCGAAAAUCAAAGGCUUCAUGGCAAUAGGUCACCCGCCCAAAAUCUACCAAUGCGAGAAUUACGCGGGCCUUCGCCUUUGGCACAAAGUAAUCAGGAAAAACUUGGCAGUAAAUCACCUGUUUUCACCCAUUGUGUACCAACGCAUUAUGACCAUCAACUAACGCCUAAUGACGGAUCAGUAAGAUCAGAUGAAGGUUAUCACAGCAAUGGCUAUCACGAUGAGUUUACUCCUCCCGAGGAUUCAAGUGACUCAGAUGUAGAAAAUUAUGUCCUAGAUUGCUCAAAUAAAACAAAUGAGCCUAAAGAAACGGUGAUUGUACAAAAAGUAGAUCAGGACAUGCACCGUAAUGAAUAUAGAAAAGUUAAAAUAAAAAUGCCAAGGGCAUAUCAGUAUCAAAAUCAUAAAGAAAUGGACUGUGAAAGUGAAAAAGAAUUAAUAAUCGCGGAAGAAGUAAUGAAUACCUCGCCACAAAAUUUAUCACCACCUCGACGAGACCCAGCAACGUCUACUGUUAUAGUUUUGGAAUCAUCUCAAAACACAGUGGUGCCUAUAAAUAAACCAUACUAUGAAGAUGGUACUGUAUCACCAUCACCACAGCCAGCUUUCAUGAGAUACACUCCACCUGAUACACGUAUUCUUGAAACUAUACUCACAGGAAACAGAAUCGAUACAAAUAAUAACGACUCUAAUAGAAGACAACCAAAUGCUACACCACCACCAUCAUCACCAACUGAAAUGGCAUAUUCAUACAAAAAAAGUCAAAGGUAUGGUAAUGCCUGCAGUCCUGAUUCUAGUUCAAACUUAACUCCCUUGCCAUCGUUACUGCCAUUACCACAACAAUUACCACCGCCAAAUUCAGUUUCUGUUUAUUCUUCAUCACCUCCUCAUACGAUUCCUCAUACUACAGAAAUACGUGAAAUAAGAGAGAUAAGAGAAAUAAGGGAAACGCGGUAUGAAAGCCACUAUCCCAAUUAUUCAUAUGGCUUGUAUUCACCACCUAACUCUACAAUUAUUACUCAACUUGGUUCUCCACCGACCACUUAUUCUCCAGUUUCAUCUACGCAUCAGUAUGAAAGAGCACAAAAUAACCAAAGUCAGUCAAAUCAUUUUCCUUCGUCGACAAGUGUCAUAACUCUUAAAAAUUGUUCACAACUGAGUUUGAUAAAUUCGAAUGUGAACGGCCAACUUAUACCUCACCACAGCAGUAUGAGCCCAGAUGGUACAUGUAGUUUAAUGGUUGCACCAAUGAGUCCAAAUUCGCAAUCUUCUCGUGGUUACAGAAGUUUACCUUACCCAUUAAAAAAGAAAGAUGGAAAAAUGCAUUAUGAGUGCAAUGUAUGUUGUAAAACGUUCGGUCAGUUGUCCAAUCUGAAAGUUCACUUAAGAACACAUUCAGGUGAGCGACCAUUUAAAUGCAACGUUUGCAAUAAAUCAUUUACACAACUAGCUCAUCUACAAAAACAUCAUCUUGUACAUACGGGUGAAAAACCACAUCAAUGUGAUAUCUGCAAGAAGCGAUUUUCAUCUACAUCCAACUUGAAAACUCAUUUACGUCUUCAUUCAGGCCAGAAACCAUAUGCAUGCGACUUGUGUAUGCAAAAAUUCACUCAAUUUGUACAUUUAAAGCUACAUAAACGAUUACAUACAAAUGAUCGGCCAUACGUUUGUCAAGGAUGUGACAAAAAAUACAUCAGCGCAUCGGGUCUACGUACUCAUUGGAAAACUACUAGUUGCAAACCAAACAAUAUUGAGGAAGUUUUAGCAAUCACAAAUGCGGCAAACACCGAAUGUAUAGGUACCGUCGACAAAGACUGCCACGAAAGAGAGGGGCAUGAGGCAUAUGAAGUGCACUCUGCAUCGCAGGGAGGGCUGAUGGCAACCGGUGGGGCGCGUGUUGGUGUGACACAUGGCGAAGCUCUCAUGGGGGGACAAGCACACUCCACGACGCCGCAUCUAGCCAUAGGACAUGAGCAGCUUUCACCUGGCCCGGGUGGGCCACAAUAUAGAGCAUUGUUGCCUGCUGUUGCUGAUCACGAGCAGCAACAUUACGGUUCUUCAGCUGGUGAAACGCGACCGAGUGUCAUAGAAUCCAGUCAACCACUCAUCAUAGAGUGCACCUGAGCCUGUCAUGUACUGUCGCCGCCUUUGUUGCGCACACUCUCAUCGGACGCGUGUUUCCCCGCCGCAAUAUGUGAUUCCAAUUUUGUGAUCAAAAAAAAGUAUUUGUUAAAUGGGUUAAGACAUACGUGUGAUUAACACUACAAAUGGUCUUAUUCAGUGGCUAUGAGAUUACAAUACGAACGUUAAGUUGUAAACAUGUAUAAAUAUUUAGGCUUAGUAUGAUAUGUAUUAAUAAGUACUGAGUACUUACUUAGGAUACAUCCAGUUCAGUGAAUAAGUGUAUUUUUAGUAAGUAUUGUUCUUAUGUGUUAAGGUCUACAGCCCUUUCUUUACGCUAAUGCUCAAUUGUUUUUUAUCAACUAUCUUGUAAAUAGGAUGUUCAAGCAUCAAUUUUAUAUAAUUUAUGACUUUUUUCAUGUAAAUAUCGUGUAAAUAUAUACAUACGUAGGUAAUAUAUCAGUAUAAUUAUUAUUAAUUAACAUGGUAUUAUUAAAGCAGGAACUAUUAAUUAUUCGACAUUUUUCUCAUCUUGUUUAGAUGCAAGACAUCGUAAGCAACGGGAAUUGCUAAAAAAUUCACCAAAGAAGGUCUUAUCGGUUGUUUGUAAACAUUAGUUUUAUUCUUCAUCGAGUACAUAUAUAUAAAUAUUAUUUUUUAAACUUAAGAAUUUAAAGCGGAUCCUUUAUCACAAUUUAUGUUUUCUAUCAAUUUUUUUUAGAAAUUUUAUCUCAAAUUAGUGUUUAAGUGCCAAAAGCGCGAUUAUACGUACUUUAUUAAGUUUUAAGUUAACCUUAUUAAAAUAUUCAAAUAGUAUUUUCAAAAUGUUGUUCCUAAUGAAUUAUUAAAAAAGUACGCGCGUAUAUGAAUCAACUUAAUUCUAAUGUUAUUUAGAAUAGAAUGGAUGAACUUUGUACAUUAUCCCUACGCUAGAACAAAUGGUGCUUCACAUCGUAGAGUAGUCGCUCGAGUCAGUCGCCUAAGAACUGACCGACAGUAACUACAUGUAAUUAUUAUUCACCGAGUUUACUAGUUACUAUUUUAUAUUCCAAAUUUCGAUAAUUAUGAUUCUCCUAUUCGAAAAGGCUGAGAUAAAUAUGUAAUGUGACGAUUGGCGAAUGUAACUAUAAUUCUGGUUUACAUUAUGUGUAAGUAACUAUCCGUCGUAUCACAAUAAUUUAAUAUGGUGUAACUUAUACGUGAUGUACAACCGAGCGAUAGCUUUUUGUAUAUUUCUAUUGUUCUUAAGAUAAGAUUUUACACGCAAUCACUUAUAAAAUUAUUAUCUGUAUAUUUUAUACCAAGCAUUUACAGAGCUAAAAUUUUUGUAACGAAUGCCGUUAGAAAUAAUUUGUCAAAUUAUUAAUAUUAUAGACAAAUAUUAUUCAGUAAAAUAAAAUUAUUAUGAUUUCGACGUUGAACAAAUUCUGACGCUGUUUUUUAUGCCUAAAUAUAUAAUAUUGUUACAACAAUAAGUUUGCUAAUUAUUAUAGUCAUGUGGUUAUUUUUAAUACAUUUGAAUUUAAUAUCUCAAAUUUUCUAAAAAAAAAAAUAUAGUUUGUGUUUAAAGUUAAUUGUUACAUUGCUCAUUAAAUUUAUUAAAAAUGUUUGCUGUUUCCAAUAUUGUUUAUAUUUUAGCGACUAUCAUGUAAAGCAAUAAUAUUGUAUAUCUUACUAACGUCGAAAUCAUCUAGAGUAAAGUACGGCACUUCCUAUAGAUACCUAAAUUCUAAGGUAAAGUGUAACAGUUUACCUAAAUAUUAAUAAUUAAAAAUAAUUGCUAUUGCAUAAUCUUGUUAAUAACUUCUCACCAUUCCUUGUAUUGUUCGUGUUUUCUUGGAUUUUAUAGAAACUUAUGUAUUUUUGUACUUUGUAUUUCAGUUUAAGUAAAAAAAUGGUAAAAAUUAUAUUUCUACGUCGACAGAAGGAUAUUUAUAUAACAAUUUAAUCGCACAAAUAUUUCUACACCAAUAGCUAACGAUAUAGCAUUAACGCAUAAAUCAAGUUAGCGUUAAAUAAUAAAAUGAAUAUAACUUGUAUAACUAUUCUUCUGUUAAAAUGAUAAGCAAUAAAAACAAAUUAAGAACUAAAUUAAAUCGAUUAAUCUAAUCGUCCUCGUGUUUCUUCAGUUACAACCGAUGUAAAUAUAAACCGCUCUAAAUUACUUUCAAUAUCAUUUAUAUAGAUAUUUUAUUAUAAUUAAUCAGUCAUUUUACUAAAAAAAAAAAACAAAAUAUUGUAUAAAAGUUAUACCUAAAACCUAAGAAAAAUAGAUCGUUCUUACAUUAUAUAAGUACAAUACCAUACUUACGGUAUAACAACGUAAGCGAUACGUAAUAUCAUUGUAUUCGACAAUUUCUGCUCUAUAUUUAUAAAACAGAAGACUCAUAUGUCUCGUGAUAAAAUAAUGAUGUAAUAUAUAUGCCAGAAAACUAAAUACUCACUGUAAAGGCCUGUAAUUUUGUACACCUCAAUGAACAGUUAUUUUAAAACACCAAACAAAUUAAAUCAGGAGUAAAAAUUGU